AAAAUGUGUGUCGAAAAAAAAUUUUUCCCCUCUGUUUUAAAAUUUCCACCAUUUGUCAAAUUAGCGAUAAAAAGAGAUAAAAAAAAAUUACAUAUGUAACGACAUUUUAAUUGCAAAAUAAAAAUUUCAUUUUCGUGAUAUGUAACUCAAUUGAAAAAGAAUUUGACAUAUGUCAAUAAGAUCAAUGACGUGCAGCAUAUAAGAAAAUAAAAUACUAAAAUAACAACAAAACAAUAUGGUGACUAAUUGUUUAUGUGUUUUAACAAUAUUACCAAUGUAUUUGUGCUCAUAGUAUUGACAUAUAAUUAUUGUAUUACCUUAUAAAGUAUUAAACUCAUUUGUUGUUAUUGUUAUUUAGAAGAAACAAAAAAAAACAAUAUGAAAUCAUUAAAAAUUCAUAAACACUGGUUCCAUCAAAUUUAUCAGUCAAACAAUGAUGAUUAAUUGUGAGAGUGUAACUUUAAAGACACUUGAUUUAUCUGGUCUAAUUAACAGCUAUCUAAUUUCUUUUAAAUUAAGUCAUCUAGAUGAUAUACAUAUAAAAAAAAAUUGAAUAAAAAAUAAAAACAAUAAUUAUAAAUAAUAAUAUGAAGAAACCGUCCAUAAUAAUAAUAAUAGCAAAAAAUAAUAGUAAAGAUAAACCGUCCAUAAUAAUUAAUUAAAAUGUUACAAGCUGUGAGAUUAUUAACUGAACUUGCAAGACCUAGUGAUCAUCGUCGUGAUAGUGAAGAUACAAUGGUAGAACCUGGUCAAUCAACAUCCACUGAUACAUCAAUACAAUUUCGUGAAAUAUAUAAAAAUGGAUGGUUAAGAAGAACAGAUAAAACUGAUAAAGAAACAAGUCGUUUUUGGGUAUCAUUUUGUGUACAUGAUGAUAUUGAACCAAAACUUGAAGGUUUUAUUGAUCAAAAACAUGCAACAACACAUUCACCAUUAUGGUCAAAUUCAUUACGUGGUAUACAACAUGUAACACCAACAUUAUGUGCAACAUCAAGACAUGAUUAUGAAUAUUGUAUUAAUUUUAAUGAUGAUAGAGUAUUAAGAUUAGCAGCACCAACAUAUCAAGGUAUGUUGGAUUGGGUACAAUUAAUAACAAGAAAAUUGACUGAUAUGAAAAUUCUAAGACCAAAAGAAAAUCUUUAUUCACGUGGUCCUGAACGUAUUGCAACAAGAGAUCCAACAAGUCCAUUACCACCACCACCAUCAUUAAUAUCAUCAUCAGAAAAUAUUUCACUUCAAAAUUCAACAAUAGAUACAUCACCACCACCACCAACACCAACACCAGCACCAGCACCACCACCAUCAAUUAGUACUCCAAAUUCAACAAAUUCACCAGCAAGAGUUGAAAGUCCCCAAACAACACCAAUGAUAUUUACAUUUGAAGACAUAUCAAUUGAAGAACGUCGUACAAGACCAGUACAAUCACAAAUACAAAGAACAUCACCACCAACACCAAGUCCACGUUCAAUACCAACAACAAGUACUGAUGAAUCAAGUUAUGAAAGUAUUUUUAUGGCAUCAUCUUAUACACCAUCAUCAAUAGAUGAGCCAAUAAGAAAUAUACCUAGAGAAACAAUAACAUCAUCAUCGUCAUCAUCUUCAUCACCACCAUCACAACCGACACCAACACCUCAGCCAACACCACCACCACCACCAACAUCAUCGUCAUCUUCAACAUCGUCUUCGUCUUCGUCAUCAUCAUUGUCAUUGUCAGUUGUACCUAGUCAACCAGAACCAUCAAAUGAAAGAUAUGCUGUACUUAUGGAAUACAGAAGUUCAACUUCAUCUGAACCUUUACCAAGAUCAUCAACCAGUCAUACUACAGAGACUACUGAAUCAAUCAAUCGUCCAAGUGUAUCAAAUUUAUCAAGAAUAUUAACAUUACGCGAACAACAAAUUUGUCAAUUAAAAAGAGAAAUGAAUCAUCGUGCUGGUGUUAGAUUAAAAUUAGGAAGACGCGAUUGCAAAGAUAGUAUUGCAUUUGUUGAUACUUUUGGAUCAAUUUGGGUUGCUGGAUGGAAACAAAGAGAGCAUCCACAACUUUACAAUGUUCUUCAUGUUGGAGAUAUGGUGUUGAGUGUUGCUGGACAAGUACCAUCAAAUGCAAAUGGAAUAAAAGAUAUCUUAAAAGGCAUAACAACACCACGUGUUGAAGUUAUUGUACGAAGAUUACCUUAUGCUCGAGCUAUGACACUGAGAAAACGCACAGAUAAUGAUGAUUUUGGUCUUGAAGUUAAUGGUAAUGAAGUAUCUGGUGUUACUGGUGUUGCACUUAGUGCUGGUUUACCACAACUUGCUGAUGCAACAAAUCCAUCAGCACCAUCUGGUUCAAAUACAACUUGGACACUAACUGAAGUUAAUGGUAAACCAUUGAGUAUAUUUGACGGCGGUGCAAGUGAUAGAUUACGUGCUGUUGGACGUGAUAUAUCAAUUGUCAUUCAACCAACUGAUCUUGUAUGGUCAUUUCGUAAAAAAUUACGUACAAUGCGCAGCUAUAAAAAUUUUAUUCUUCAAUAAUAUUAAAUAAUUUAACUGAUAUUUUUUUUAAUAUAUAUAUUAACAUCUAUACAUAAGUGUCAACUAAAAGAAAAAAAAUAAGUCACAGGUAUUAAGCGUAUUAAAUUUUCAUGAUUAAUUCGUAAAUUAUUAUUUUAAAAAAAUUAAAUAAUUGUUGGUAUUAUUGAACUUUAAUCGAGUCGUAUUUUUCACUAUUACAGCAGCUCUAAUCGGUUAAAUAAAAAAAUUAAAAAAAAAAAUCAUAUUAAUCUGUAGAACAAAGCAUAUCCCUGUGAUAAUUUACACGUAAAUAUAUAUUCGUAUUAAAAAAAAAAAAAAAAGUAUAUAUUGUGUAGGUAAGAUAAUUAAACUCAUCAACUGUUUGGGUUUUGAGAAAUAAAAUAAAUUGAAAAAAAAAGAUCAAUC